AUGAGCUUCAACAUUGCGUCCGACGGCUCGCCUACACCCCGCAAGGGUCCCACCCGGUUCCCAGUACCAGGGGACCUCAGAAUCGACACUUCACCCGAGGCUUUGGGUCAGGCGGUAGGCAACUUGAGUCUAGGCGGCUAUCCAUAUGCUUUGCAACGCAUGUUUGGCUCAGCGUUGACUUCCAAUACACAGGGCUUCAAGCGAUCACUUGGACCUUCUGCCCUGGGCAAUCGAUCGCUUCUGGAACCGCCCAAUCCGCUCGAUGUUUACAAGAAAUCCAGCACGGAAGCCGAUGAGGAUCGAGCCAUAGUGGACUCAGUGUUGCAGCGCUUCAAUAGGCACUCUCCUCUUCAUGAUCCGUACAGUUCUUCCAGCGGCUCUAUUUCCCUUACUCCAGCCACAGAAGACUUCACGUCCACGCCACCCACAGAGAUGGAAAACUCGGUUGUGCUGGUCGAAGCUGUCGAGUUGCAGAAGCUGAAGCUUGAGCUACAGGAAGCUCGCAACGAAGUCAAUCGCGUGAACCAGGAGAUGCACAGCCAUAACGUAGCCCGAUCAACCAUGGAGCACCUCACCCAAUCGUCCGAGCCUGAUUAUGGUUACUCAGACGACGUCACCGAGCAAACUCUUGUAACCCUACAGAACAAGUUCAACGCCUCGACCCAAGGCACCUACGGCUGGGGCAAUGGGUCUGCUCGUCCAGCCCACGUGGGCAGUAAUGGAUUCGGAGCUCCCUAUCCGAGCCAGGCACAAGUACAGACCCGAUCACAGCCCUCACAGUCGAGCUAUCGCCGCGCCGGCUACUUGAACGAGCCCACUCACUUUCCGCUUGACCAAAGCUUCCGCAGCACCAGCAGGGCAAGCAACAUCAGCAACGUAAUGAAUAGUGGUAUGUCCAAUAGUAUGUAUACUGGCUCUAGCAAUGGCAUGGGCAUGGGAAUAGGAGUGGGCAACAGCUUGAGCAAUCCGCCUACUCGUCCAAGCUCCGCAUUUGAUCCUGGAUACAACCAAUACGCUCUCCCGCCAAUGUAUCCUAUUGGUCAUCCGACUCCAAUCGGCACCAUGUCUAGCAACUUAUCUGCGGAUGCGAACGAGUUCAACUUCACCAACAACAUGGGAUCUUCCCCGUGGAAUACACAAGCCCUACCCGAGACCGGCACUACCCAGUACGUACCCCCUGUCGAGCCGAUGAACUACCGUCGUCUGUUGGACCGCAACAUGAGCUGUAACUGGAAGUACAUUGUCGACAAGAUCAUCUGCAACAAUGAUCAGCAGGCGUCCAUCUUUCUCCAACAGAAGCUCAAGGUAGGCACUCCGGAACAAAAGUACGAAAUCGUCGAAGCGAUCAUUUCUCAAGCGUAUGCUUUGAUGAUCAACCGGUUCGGCAAUUUCCUUGUUCAGCGCUGCUUCGAACAUGGUACACAUGAUCAGGUAAUUGCCAUUGCUCAAGCUAUCCGCGGUAACACUCUUGCCCUGAGCAUGGAUGCUUUCGGUUGCCAUGUUAUCCAGAAAGCUUUCGAUUGUGUCCCAGAGGAGUACAAGGCAACCAUGGUCCACGAGCUUCUCCGUCGCAUUCCCGAGACAGUGAUCCACCGCUAUGCUUGUCAUGUCUGGCAAAAGCUAUUCGAGCUUCGCUGGAGCGACUCUCCACCACAGAUCAUGCGCUAUGUCAACGAGGCCCUUCGCGGUAUGUGGCAUGAGGUCGCGUUGGGCGAGACCGGAAGUCUUGUCGUACAGAACAUCUUUGAGAACUGUCUCGAAGAGGACAAGCACAUCUGCGAGCAUGGCGCGCCUGCUGAUCGUAGUCGAGCAAUCGAGCACAUUCUUCGCUUUAGUACAGAGUACAGCAUGGACCAAUAUGCUUCCAAGGUCAUUGAGAAAUGCCUCAAGAUUGGUGGCAGCGAGUUUCUGGACCGUUAUCUCGACCGCGUUUGCGAGGCUCGCCCUGACCGUCCGCGUAUGCCUUUGAUUGACAUUGCGGGUGAUCAGUUCGGCAACUAUCUCAUCCAGUACAUCUUGACCAACAGCAGCUCUCAGCAUCGCGAGCUUGUUGGUGGUCACAUUCGGAAGCACAUGGUGUCACUUCGCGGUUCGAAGUACGGCUCCCGUGUUGCGAUGCUCUGCUGCAACCCCGCCCUUACUACGCGCCCCGGGCCCCCAGCUGGUAUGCUUCCACGCUACGGCAACCCGACGUCGCGACCCACUUUUGGCUCUUUUCGGUAG